AGAAGCACGUGAUUAGGCGUGUUUACUUAUGGUACAAUGUAGCGUCUAUGAGACCAUCAACCUCAGCCGAAUAAUCAAUUAUACGGUCACGUUCAGGAUCAGAAUCACUUAUUGGAUUGACAUCAGGCCCUUCGCUGACUAGUAACUGCUCGAUGCAUCUGAGAAAAGGGAAAGUCGAGUGAAUAGCCUGAGGGCGAGCGAGCCAAACAGACAGACGAGGGGAAAGGGUGGGCUCUUUUUAGGGAUACUGGACCACCAGAUGCAUUCCUAAUAGCAUCUCUGCUGCUAGCCUCAUUAUGGGCGUUAUAGAGGAGACUGACGUAGAGCAGGUGACCCUGGCUCUUUUGGAUGCUGCCAAUGACAGGGACCCAGUGGUGCAGGAACAGGUCAGGAAGUCCAUCUUGACACUGGGGAACCAGCAGCCUGAUAAAGUCCUGUCCAUGUGCCAGGACUACCUGCUCAAACAUCCCAAGCUGGUGGUCGGGCACAGAGUGGUAAUCUUGCAAACCAUUGAAUUGGUGGUGAAGAGCAGGAUUGAUGACAUCAGUUACCCCAAGAUCAAGAGUGUCAUACAGCUAGCAUCAGAUGAGAUGACGAAAUCAAAGGAGGUUGUCCCAGAAUGGCAGCAAGCAGCUAGUAAUAUUCUAGUUGCUGUGGGAAACAAAUAUAUUAAUGACAUCAUGGAGGAGAUACUCGGCAAGUUCCGGCCGGGAGUUUUGCCUCACUUUUUUGUGGUUCAAACACUAGCCAAUCUCUCUGACUCAAACGUAUACGGUAUGGUGCCUUUUCUCAAUGCUAUAAUGGGGACCAUGUUACCCAUGCUGGGCAUGACCAAACAAGACAACAUGAAAUGGGUCUUCUCGUCCGCUCUCUGCCACUUCAGCGAGAGCAUUCUAGAAUACCUGGCCAACUUGGACAAAGCUCCGGACCCCACUGUGCGUAAAGACACCUUCUCUAGUGAGAUUUACUCAGCCUAUGACAUCCUGUUCAACAGCUGGAUCCAGAGCAGAGAGUCCAAGCUGCGUCUGACUGUUGCAGAGGCUCUUGGGUCAAUGAGUCACCUAAUGGCACAUGAUAAACUGGAAGAACAGCUUCCCAAACUCCUUCCCACUGUACUGGGCCUCUACAAGAAGAAUUCAGAACACUACAUCAUCAGCAAGAGUUUGAGUCAGAUCCUGGAGGCCUCUGUGAAUAUGGGCAGCAGAGUGCUGGAGACACAGAUUGAUGGUCUCUUAGUCGCUCUGCACCAGCAGAUAUGCUCACCUAUGGAUUUCAGCAACCCUCCAACUGUGAAAAAUCACAACGAGGUCCUGCGAUGCUUUACUAUUCUUGCUAACACGUUCCCGGACCGUCUGAUGGUGUUUGUUCUCCAGAGGUUGGAGAACAGUAACGAAAGGAACAGAAUGGGCUCGCUGGCUGUUCUCAGACACCUCAUCAACUCAUCCACCUCCAUUAUGGAAACCAAGAGGCUCCUAAUUCUAGUCAGCAUCAGGCAACCUCUGGCUGACCACAGUAAUAAGGUGAAGAAGAGAGUGGUGCAGGUGAUCAGUGCUAUGGCUCAUCAUGGUUACCUAGAGCUAGAGGGAGGAGACCUGCUUGUCCGUUUCAUCAUCCAGCACUGCGCUCUACCAGACACUUACCAUCGACCUCCAGACCCAGAGGAAGUGACUAAUGAGGCUCUGCGUAGCAUGUGUGAUAACACAUUGCAUCUUUUCACUACCACAGUGGGCCGCCUGACUGAUGUUCUGUGGCCGAUGUUGCUUUGCUACCUGACCCCAAAUCAGUAUGCCAAUGCUACUACACCAUUGUGCAAGAGUUUAAUUCUGCUGGCCAACAAGAAACAAACAGCACAAGAACCCAACUUCAUCAUCGACUUCAAUGCACAAGGCUCUAGUCUUCCCUCACAAUAUAUCCUGAUGAUAAGGCUCUUGGUGAAUGCUGCGUUCCCGUUUCGAUGCAGGGGACAUGGUGCUCCCUCUCUAAGUCUGCUCCACGCUAUCAGCCCUAACAUUCACCCUAAAGCCGAGCCUCUGUGGGAAAACGAGAUUCCAAAGCUGGUCAAUUAUCUUGAAGAAUCAACAGAAGAUUCUCUGGAUAAAAAGAAAUGGGAAGAAACUUUACUUCAGCUCCUGUCUAAAACUCUGGCAGCCAUUGAUGACAGCCAGUGGACUGGUCAGCUUGCAGUAGAAGCCACACGAUACCUUCCUACCUACAACAACGCUCUGGAGGAGAAGAGUUUUUUGUAUAGGUGUAUCGGUGUGAUUCUCCAGCAGUGCUAUAAUAAAGAGCUGGUCAGGAAACAGCUGCAGGAGAUCUUGAUCGGCACUCGUCACAAUGAUGCAAUUGAAAGAACGGGUGUUGCCAUGGGAAUCGGGUUGUGUGCCAGCAGUCAUCUCGAUGGCACUCUGGAAAAACUGGAGGAGUUUGGGAAGUCUGACGCCUUCAGGAAAGCCUCAGGGAUAUUUGGUCUUCUCAAAGAUAAAAACGAUGUUGAUGUGGAGAAAAUGAAGAGCACUCUCAUUUUGUGUUAUGGCUAUGUUGCGUUGCAUGCUCCAGAAGAUAAGCUCCUCACUCGCAUCGAUAGUGACAUUCUCCACAACAUCUCCAAGAACUUCAACACCAAGGUUCUGGGAAUUAAAGUAGAGACCAAGGACCUGACUAUGAAGCUCAGUCUCAUUCAUAGUGUCGGACUCAUUGCCAAGGCCAUCAGCAAAAGUGUUCGUAAACAGGGCUACCUGUUCUCCCGCAAACAAGAGUUGAUGGGCGUUAUGAUGGAUUUCAUAAAAGCUGAACCAACAGAUGUCAUGCGGACCCCAGUUCGCUAUCUUGUAUUGACCACAUGUGCCAACCUCAUAAACUUAGAUCCUCCUUUAACAGAAAAUGAAAACUUUGACUUGUUAAAAACAUGUUUGAAUGGAGUUUAUGGGCUUCCUACUGUGGACACUCCGGACAAGGCUAAAGAUGAAGAAGCCCUGGAUCCACAGCAAAGAGAGGUCUUAUAUUCAGAUACUUUUACUGCUCUUCAUGAAUUGCUGAGGAAUGUGCUAGCCAGAGACUUGAGUCCUGAUGGUCUGCAGUCUGUGUUCAAGCAUAUAGAAAGCUGGCUGAGCUCAGGACAAGACCAUGAGCGGGAGAGGGCAGUAAAGACCACAGCAGAGUUACUGCAGUUCUACUUGGACAAUCUCAGGGUGAAGAAUCUAGUGACAUUCCAUAAUUUAGGAGCUCUUGUGGGGCGACUGGCCCCACGGUGCACAGACCCAAACCCUGAGGUGCGACGGGCAGCCAUAGACUGCGUCUAUAGACUAAUGUACAUUCAGCUGCGCUAUGAAGGCUUUUCACUGGACUACAAGGACGAUUCAGUUGAGGGUCUGUUAGAUGUUCGCGAGAAGCUAAGCAAUCCUGACAAUACAGUCUUGUAUAAAACCUGCUCUGAGCUGACUAAGAUCAUCAGUAAGCGUUUGCCCCAGCAGCAGUUGAGCACCCUGUUGUUUAUGCUGUAUGAUGGUUUGGUGGACUCUCAGUCCAACUGUUCCAGAGCAUCCAGCGUGAUCCUCAACACCUUGCUGAAGAACAGAGGUGCUGGCCUGCAGGAUCUGGUACCAGAGAUGCUUGAGGUGUUACACAACCGACUGCAGGUGAUUGGUGAAGAGCAGGUAAAGGUGGCCAUCGGUCAGUCCAUCCUCAUCCUCGCUACACAGCAUCUGCAGACAGUGGUCAACACGCUCGUUGCCUACCCACUACCAUACGACAGCUGGAGCUGUGAGAUGUGGAUAGCUCUAGGAGCAGACAGCACUCUGGCCCUGCAAAUCAUGGAGAUGAUUAUCGAGAAGCUGAAUGUUAUGGUUCCCUAUGUAGAUAAGAAAGAGUCCAUGUUGAGACCCGGUUUGACCAAAGUUGCCACAAGCCAACCACUGGCUAUGACCUGUGCCCUGCGUGAGAUGAUGCUGAAUGGCCAGUCAGCUGAUGCCGUGGCGUAUCUAUUUCCAAAGCUCUUCAGUGCUCUUCUGGUGCGCUUGGGCUCCAGCGUGGGAGUUCAGCUACCUAAAGAUCUCAACAGCAACAGCAUAAUUUCAGACCGCAAAACAACCAACAAAAUUAAUGUGGCCAAUUUCGAUGUGUGUGGGGUGGCAGUGGAGGCCCUGCGGAUCCUGCUGGGUCGAGCUCAGCUGGACGCUGUCAUGAAACCAUUAGAUCAGGAGGGAGCUUGGGACAAGAUGAAGGACCCGCAGCAGCACACAACAGGAGUCACUCUGCUCUCCAGAGCAAUGGCAAAGCAUGCUGGUCCAAGACUCCCUUCCAUUGUGGAAAGUCUGUGUCCUUCUCUCUGUAAUAUUUAUGAGUGCCAGAGGAUCACAGUCACAGCAUUCUUCUCUGAGCUUCUGAACCAUCACGUAGUGACUGAACUGAUGAUUUUGGACAUGCUGAUGAACAACAUGAUGGAAAGAAUAACUGACACCUGCGGUACGGUUCGCAUGCUGGCGGUCCGAGGCCUGGGGAACAUUGCUGUGGGCUCACCUGAAAAGGUGAAUAAAUAUGCAAAGGAGCUUUUAGCAGCCAUGAGUUCAGGUAUGGAAGAAAACGAUGAUCCAGGGAAACUCAUCACACUGGAGGCCAUGUCUGGAAUGUCCAAGAUAUUGAUUUACCUGGACCAAAAGAACGUCCACCUGCUUGUGGUUUACAUCUUCAUGAAGAUUAAACCCUUUCUGGAGAAUGAGAACGAUGAGAUCCGAUGUGCUUCCAUCAUGCUCCUGGGGAACCUGUCGAAGUUUGGCUCGGGUGAGCCUGUUUUUAAAGACCAGAUCCACAAUGUUCUUGUCAGCCUGCUGUUGCAUCUCAGUGAUCCCAACCCUCAAGUGGUCAAGGCAUGCAAGUACGCCAUGCGCAUAUGUGCUCCAGUCAUAGGUUCAGAACAGAUUUCUGCCAUGUUCCAGAAUCAUCUUCUUGAGGAGAAGGGUCUGCAUCAUGGAGAGUUCAUUAAUGACCUCACCAAAUACCUAAUCCAGGAUUUUCCAGGGAUGCUGAACUUCUACCACAUCACAGUCAUUCAGUUCUUCAAGAGUAACUGGGCUGAGAUCAGAGCCAGUGCUGCCAUGUUUAUUGGGUUUUUGCUUGGGAACCUUCCUGAUGAGCAUUUCUCCCAUAUGAAUAUGGGGUCAGUGACAAAGGGUCUGGUGAUGCUGCUGCAGGAUCCAGAUCCUCUCGUGCGAGGGAAAGCCGCUGAAGCCAUGGGUCAUUUUCACUGAUGUUACCUCCACUCUGCAGCCAAUCAGAUUAGUCUUUGAUUUUAAGUUUGUUGCUUUGGAUAAGGAGGAAGCUUUGAAUUGUUGUUCUGUAAUAAGCCUUGAAAGGUUUUUAUUAUUGACCAAAGACUGUGCACUAGUUCUGCAAGAAAAGCGAAAAAUAAAAAGGAGAAGACAUUUAUUGACGUUACAGCACUUUUAAGUACUCUCAGAUAUACGGUUUGUGAUUCCUAGCCCGGGUUUUUCACCAGCGGCAGUUUUUAAUGUGAGGUACGUACCUGCGAGCCCUUUAAAAACUAGAAGGUUGUAGGCGAGUACACUGAUAUUGCUGAUAUUACUUGCUUGACCAUUCCUCUAGCGUGCUAAAUGCGUACCACCACUUUAAAGCAUUAAAUCAUUAAAAACGUAUGUAGGAUGAAUCAAUAUGUUUUAAACCAACAUCAACACUGCAAGGUUUUUCUGGUAAUAAAAUCAGAUGUACUGCUCAGUUAAGAGUUUAAUCCUGUAAAAAAGCAGAUGGUUGAGUCAUAUUGACCACCAUAAACCUUCAGCAAUACAUCACCCUAAUAGGGAUGUGCAUUAGCAUAAGCCGCUAAGCCAUUAACUGCAACUGAAAUCUCCUGUACUGAAAUCCACAAUCAAAAAUUUAUAUUUCAAUAAGCAUUUAUAGUAUUUUUGCUGUGACUUCUGUGGUUCUGACUGUAUCUCAUGCACUACAGUGUAACAAACUCAAUUGUGCUUCCUUCUCGACCAAGUAGACAAAAACAGUGCCAAAACAUAGAUUUAUAAAAGAUCAAUUUUACUAGAGUAGAUGUUAAAAGAUUUCUGACAUGUUUCAUACUCAUUUUGUGCAGCUUCUGUGUAGCUGAAACACCAGUGCUGGCCUUUCUAUGGCACUUGUCUUGUUCCGUUUUGUAAAUUGUAUCUGUGAAAUGGAUGUUAAU